AUGUCUGUUGCGUUUGCACCCCGGGGCAACCGGCCACCAUUGAGUCCAGCACAAAUUCAAAAAAUGCUGGAUGAAAAUGCCCAUUUGAUACAAACAAUUCAAGAAUAUCAAGCGAAAGGGCAGCUUAUGGAAUGUCAUCAAUAUCAGCAAGUUUUACACAGAAAUUUAGUGUAUUUAGCAUCUGUCGCCGACGCCAAUCAGAACAUUCAAGCCUUACUCCCGCCACCUCAUCAAUUGGCUGGUAAUGUUCAACAAGGGUCCCUCAACCCUCCUACUAGUGGAUCUGAUGUACCAGGAUCACCACAACAACCAUACCGUCCAUCAGGAGUGUCUUCAACACCAACUAGACCAACUCAAUCCUAUGGUCAACGACCUUACCCCCAGAAUCAAUAUCAAGGACAGUAUCAAGGAUCACCAGGGUAUCCUCCCCAGGCUGGUUAUGGACCCCCAGGACAAGGAUAUGGUCCACCCAACCCUUCUCAACAACCACAAGGUUACCCACCCAAUUCCACAUAUGGACCUCCUAUAACCACAUCAAGUAACUAUCCCCCCUCUACACACCCAAGCCCAGGAUAUCCCCCCUCUUCUGGUCAGCAACCUUACGCUCCACCACCCGGGAGCCCCGCAGCUGCCGGUUCACCAUAUCCAGUAAGAGGAUCAAGCCAGCCAGCAUACACUGGAAAUUCAGGUUACCCUCCACCUCAAUCGGGACCAAACUAUCCCAAUGUGGGUGUGAGUUCUUAUAAUGCCACAACCUCCCAGCCCCAGCCUUAUCAAUCACAGCCAUUCCCUAAUACUACUCCAACGUCAGCAUAUAGCUCAACACCAAUCUCUCAACCGAACCGCUCCCCUCAACCACCACCAUCUGGUUACACAUCUCAAAACCCAACCAGUACUGGUUACGGUUCUCCCUCUGCACAAUCACCGACAUAUAACUCUAGCGCCCAUGGAAAUAAUGGUCAGACUUCAACGCCAGCCUCGGGAGGACCACCUCCAAGUACUCCAUCUGGUUCACAAUACCCUCCGUCUAGUCAACCUCCAUAUCCUCCAGCGACACAGCCACCUUAUUCUAAUCCGUCAUCUCAGCCUGGUAGUCCAGCGCCGUCAGUUUCAACGGCGCCACCUCCUCAAUCCUCAUAUCCGCAGAAUCCUCAGAACUAUCCUCCCGGUGGAGGCGCGUAUCCUCCCCAUGCUUAUCAACAAGGCUACCCCCCGGCCCAAUAUCCUCCGUCCCCAUAUCCAUAUGCUCGGGCGCCAGCACCUGGUGCUCCUCCCCCUGGUGCACCACAACCUUAUCCAGGAUAUGGAUUCCAGCCUCCUAAUCAGCAGUAA